GGCUGGAUAUUCAGAGGAUCAAUUGGCAGGUGGGUCACUAUUUGCACUCCGCAAUUAGUUUAAAUGAAUAGUGAAAAACGAGAAACAGAGGUGGUGAACCGUGCUUUGUGUAAGUGUCAGUGUAGAACAGCAACCGCGGAGGGCGUGGUUCCGUGACUCACGUCAAUCAACAUCCUUACAAAAACCGGCGGUCGCUGCAAGCGCCCUACUUACCUUAUAAGGUUUUGUGUUUAACAGCUAGCAGGUGUUCACUGAGGUAACCUUCGCUACGGCAGUAUAGUUUCGCGCGUCGCAACAUGUUCAUGUACGAGGCACCUUCUAAACUUAAACUCACAUCAGUUGAUGAAUUUCAAGAAGCCUUCCAGCUCUUCGAUUCUCGUGGAGAUGGAAAGAUACAUGUCGCUCAGAUCGGAGAUGCGUUAAGAGCUUUAGGACAAAAUCCUACAGAGUCAGAUGUGAAAAAAUGUACUCUUCAUCUUAAACCUGAUGAAAGGAUAUCUUUUGAGGUGUUUCUGCCAAUUUACCAGGCCAUAUCGAAAGCACGCAGUGGCGACACUGCUAAUGACUUUAUUGAGGGUCUGCGCCAUUUUGACAAAGAUGGCAAUGGGUUCAUCUCUUCUGCGGAACUGCGACACCUGCUCUCUACUCUCGGAGAGAAGCUCAGUGAUGAUGAGGUAGAGCAACUCCUGCAGGGACAAGAAGACUCUCAGGGAAAUAUCAACUAUGAGAACUUUGUUCACCUCAUCAUGCAGGGCUGAGUUCUAGGUCAUCAUCUGCUGCAGCACUUUUAUCUGUAAACUAACCAAGUCUGUAACCAUACAGUUAGAGCCAUAAUGGGACACUGUUAACAAAAAUUUAUUAAAAUAUACUUAAACAUUCUUAUUUGGCUACAUAAAUGUAAACUUAUAGUGAACAAAUAUAAGUAAGUGAUAGUAGAAUAUUAAGAAUAUCUCAGAAAAUUGUAGGCGCUGUGUGAACCACAACUAAACUUGUAUGCAUUUAUCAAUUAGGUGUAGGUUAUGUGAAUCAUUCUUGAAUGUUAUUCCAUUAGUUUAGUGCUGCAAUGGCAGUGUGAAUCCCAAAAUAAGCCUUUUUAUUGUUUAAGAUUUUAUGAUAAAAUUAUAAUCUAUUUAUAAUUGUAUAAAGACAAAAAGCAAAACGUAAUAAUUAAAUAUACUACACAGCA